UUCAAAUUGAAACCCACAAAGAAAAGAAACAAACAUUUAUUUCCAUACCUUCUUCUCUUCUACUUUGCUUCGCCAUUAACCAAAAAUCCCAUAACGAAAAUACAAUGUACAUACGGGCCAAGAUAAUGAAGCGAAAGAUAGUGAUGAAGGGUUCAAUGAGCAGCCAGAAGUCUCGUUCUAAAGCCAUGAAAAUUGCAGUUGGAGUUGCAGGCGUAAAAUCCGCAGCAUUUGGAGGCCAAGACAUGAGUGAGAUAGAGGUAGUAGGAGACGAAUUUGAUGUUGUAAAGCUUGUUUGUCUGCUACGAAAGCAAGUUGGGCAUUCAGAGAUUCUAAGCGUGAGCGCUGGCGGAGAGAAGAAAGAGGAGGCAGAAGUGCAGCAAUUAGUAUGGCCUUACAUGGGCAGUAAUCAAUAUGUUUAUGCAGUUCCUCAGUACUAUCAAUACUCUGACUCCUUUGCCUAUUCCAUUAUGUAAUCUUAUAAAAACAGAGCAAAACAGAGGAUUUACGGGUUUUCAUAAUUGAAUCUGUUAAAGAUGCUAUCCUUUGUAUGUUGUAAUUAUUUUGUUUUAAGUUUUCUCUUUUUAAUGUUGUAGGGGAACUUUCCUCUUCCCGUUGAGCUCAGAAAAUAAACAAUCUCCUGUUGUUACUCAGUUGAACCAGAAAUGAAAAAUCAAAAUUCAUAGAACA